AUGUACCUAGCAGACACCCUGUCGCGAGCAUACUUACCGAACUCCGAGCAAUCGCCGACAGAGAAAGAAGUUGAAAGCAUUCACAUGCUUGAGGACAUAGCGGUGUCGCAGAAGACGUUAGCGCUCAUCAGGAUUGAAACGCAACAGGAUGAAAGCCUACAAGCGGUAAAGGGACUGAUCCUUGAGGGGUGGCCCGAAGACAAGUCUCGUCUGCCACCUGGGACUUCUCCAUACUUUGACAUCCGUGAUGAACUAACGUAUGAUGAGGGUAUAAUCUUCCGCGGACAGCGUUGUGUAAUUCCUGUCAAAGUGAGACCUCGUGUGAAACAGCGACUUCAUAGCGCACACACAGGAAUACAGGCCACACUCGCAAGGGCCAGAGAAUGUGUAUUUUGGCCAGGGAUGACAAGCGAUCUUACAGACUAUCUCUCACACUGUGAAGUCUGUGCAACCUUUGCUCCGAAGCAAAGAAGUGAACCUCUGAUCAAUCAUGACUUGCCGAAACGUCCGUGGCAGAAACUCGGUAUAGACUUAUUCGAGUUGAACAACAAGAACUAUGUUUGUGUUGUGGACUAUUUCUCAGACUACUUCGAAGUUCUUCCUCUGCCACACAAGAAAGAUACCAGAGCAGUCGUCAGGCGACUAAAGAGCAUUUUCGCAUAUCCCAAGAGCAAUGGGAAAGCGGAGAGUGCCGUCAAGAUUGCGAAGGGUCUCUUACGUAAGACAACUGAAGCUCAAGAAGAUUUUCAGCUAGCUCUUCUAAAUUGGCGUAACACACCCACAGCAGGACUUGAUAGCUCGCCAGCUCAACGCCUGUAUGGUCGUCGCACUCGCACUCUUGUACCAACCGCGUCCAAGCUUCUGAUUCCACGCACACAAAAUAGAGUUGUCGCAAAGAAAGCGGAAAAGCAGAAGAAGCAAAAGCAGUACUACGAUAAGAGCACGAAAGAGCUACCACCAUUGAAACGCGGAGAUAUUGUUCGUGUUCAGCCGCAGUCUAACGCACAGAGUAAGCGAUGGCACAAAGCGAGAGUAGAGAAACAAGUUGAUUCCAGAUCAUAUCUAGUCAGGUCAGAGAAUGGCAAUAUAGUUCGACGAAACAGGAAGCACUUGCGCACAUGUAGUAGCACAUUCAGUGACCAGUCAGAUAUAUUCUCCACGCCUACUAGCGUAACUCGCGAACAACCAGAGCCAUCAACAUCCGAAGCGAAGCGUAGCGACACAAAUUCACCAGAUCACGUAGCGAAGUCUCCUCGUCGCGAAGCAAAUAAUGAUAUUCGCGAACCCCAGCUCGCUGAAGAGACUCACGAACCACCAAGACCAGCUCGCCGUAGUACCAGAGCUCGCCAUCCACCAGCUCGCAGAGCUGCCAACUAG